GAAAUCAAACAGUGGCCAAAAGGGUUGCCAAUCACGCCGAGUUUCGCAGAUAGUGGGUCGUGGCGUUUUGCGGUGGCCGCCUACCCCAAACCGAACGCGAUCGCAACACGAUCGCAACUGAAGAUCCGCUUCGCGGAUGAAUUGGGUGUUCCGGGAUAUCAUCGCCUCGCGGACGAGAGGAGCUUUUCCGUCUUAUCCGUUUCGCUGUGUGUGUGCGUGUGAUAAUAAGGAUUGCGUAACCUCUGCUGGCUGCUGACCCGAUCGUGCGCGAAGGAAGGUGCGAAGUCGAGUGGCUGACCCGGCCGAUGAUAACGAAACGGGAAACGACCGCAAAGAAGAAAGUGCCGAAAAACGACCGCACCCUUGCAAUACGAGGCAGCUGAUCGGAUAAGGGGAGGAUUUUAGCGCACACACAACACCGGUUCAGUCAAAGAACCCUUGGCAGAGGGAACUGUACCUUUUUGCAGCUGUUUUGCUGCUGAAGAUCAAUCACAACCAAGGGGGAAAAAAGAACACAGCUUAGACGCAAGCAGGCAUGAUGAUGCUGUUCAAGCGCCUCCGUUGCAUCAUCUGCGUUGCGACGGUCCUUUUCGUAGGGCUGACGCUCACAACGACACCCGUGGCAGCAGGCAGCGCCGAUGAAGAUGGGCGAAACACAAACAAAGUUGUUAACGCGACCGAUGCGCAACCGUUGGCCAGUUGCAACGCAACUUCCGACACGGGAACCACUGGCUGUCCCUUGGCCGUGGGAGCUGCCAGUGGUGCGACACAGCCAUUGAGAGGCAAAUUAAAUAAUGGGACGUGUGUGAGUGCGUACUGCGGGUCGGAUGAGAGUAACAGCAGCAGCAGCAGCGUGGAGGAGAUGGAUGACGAUGUGAUUAACGCCACCAGUGUCGGCAAGGGCGGCCACUCCCAGCAGCAUCGAUCACAUCUGCUACCUUCGACGUUGCUGGGCGCGGACGAGGACGACGCUGCGCUCAUGUACGGUGGCAAGAAGGUGGUGCUGAAGGCGGAAGUGCUCAAGCACACUUCCGUUCUGUACGGGCUGAUCUCGAUCGCGGAGCGGGACGAGCUGUCGGAGCGAUGCUUUCGGGAGCUGCAGCGCGUCUACCUUGGCAUCCAGCAGAAGGAGAUCUGGGCGAUGAAAGUGUUGGACGCAUCCGGCAGCCAGGAGCCAGGCUUCAUGUGGGGACACAACCAUUGGAUCGGUUCGGAAAAGGGCUGCGAAUCGACGCGUACGCCCCUGUCGAUCACCCUCUCCGAUCGGUACCGGCGCAACAUGAAGCGCAAUCUCGUUUCGGCCCUGGCGCCGUUCGAGCUGGACUAUCGGAUCGUGUUCGCCAAGCAUCAGUCGGCCUGGCAGGUGGACGUAAAGUUCCAGAGCGAGAACAUUCUCCACAUCGGCGUGUGCAUUCCACGCUCGUGCACCAAUGACGAGUUGCACAAUCUGACCUCACGGUACUUCGACGAGAACCUCGUCCUGGCGCAAGACAUCUACGAGUUCAAGCCGAACGUACUGCACGUGAAGAACACCACGCUCGAUCGGGCCUUCUGGUCGAAGCCGAGCGUUUUCAUCAUCGGAGUCUCGCUUGCCUUCACACUGCUGAUGAUCUACUUGGCGCACAGCAGAGAACAGCGCUUGAUGGAGGAAAAGAACAAUAAUCAUAUGGACGGUACUGCAGGCACCUCUCCAGCAGCCGCCCGGGCGGAGGGCGGCAGCGAUCUUGCAGAUGCAAGCACCUUCACCGAGCGUGUGAUCGAUAGUUUCAAUCUGCGCAAGAACCUAAACACCAUCUUCCGCACGGACAGUGGCCCCCAAUCGCUGCCCGUCAUUUGUGGCAUGAAAUCGAUCUGCUGCUUCCUGAUUCUGUGCUUCCACAUGCAGUGGUACACGUUCUACACCGUGCACAACCCGUCGGUGAUGCUGCACUACGCCGAGCAGAUCCGCUUCCAGCUGGUCAGCAAUGCGCCCCUGCUGGUGGACGUGUUCUUCGCGAUCAGUGGCUUUCUGCUCAGCUACAACUUCAUCCGCAACCGGUCCAAAGUGCAAGAGGUCAAGGCGAAUACGGUCUGGGAAAAUGGCAAGCUGUACGGCAAGAUGCUGUUACAUCGCUACCUCCGCCUUUCGCCCAUGUACCUGUUCGUGACGGUACUAGGUGAGCUGACACACAGCUACAUCGUGGAAACGUCCAAGUUUUGGGUUCACGAACGUUCCGAUCUCGGCUGUCAGCGGUACUGGUGGCGCAACCUGUUUUACAUCCAGAACCUUUACCCGGUGGACGACUUCUGUCUCACCUGGACCUGGUCGCUGGCGUGCGAGAUGCAAUACUACAUGCUCUUCACCGUGCUGCUCUUCGUUUACGCCAAGAGUGCCAAGUUCGGCAAGAAGGUGUUUGGUGCGUUUGCGAUCGGCACGCUGCUCUUCAACAUUGCGCUAACGCUGAACCAUCGCUUCAUUCCGUCGUACGACGUGCUGUACAACACGGGUGAUGCCCUGUACACGGCGCCCUGGUCUCGAGUGUCUCCGUACGUGGUCGGGGUCUACUUUGGAUGGCUGAUGGCGUCCAGCCGCGACAAGUUCACCAUCACACAGAACCAAUACCGAUGGUACUGGCUGUUGGCCUGCUUCUGUGUGAUCUUCAGCAUGCAUUCCACGAUCAAGCGCAACUUCCCGUUCCCGAUUGCGUCGACCGUCAUGGUGGCCGUACGGUGGCUGAUCUCAUGGGCUGCCUGCUGGGUGAUCCUCGCCACCGGAUGCGGUUACUCAAACAUUGUAACGCGUGUGCUUUCUUCCAAAUUCUUCGUCCACAUCAACAAGCUGACGUACGGAAUCUACCUUCUCAAUCCGCUGAUUAUCAUCGUCACCUUUGGCGUGUCGGACUCCAGUGUCCACGCCGACCCUAUACCAGCGAUCGUAAUGGCGUUCGGUGUAACGCUGCUUUCCUACAUGGCAGCGAUCGUGUUUUCCGCCUGCUUCGAGAUACCGUACUGUAGGAUCUCGAGCGAGAUCUUAAAGCUCAACCGCAAGGUCCCGCCCACCAUCCCGCAACCGGCUCCGACGAAAGCGACCGAUUCCAACCACCACCACCCACCACCGCUGGUCCACCCGGUUUCGAUCGAGAGCGAACGAAAGAUUCAGUGAUGUUCGAAAUGCAGGGAUGCCAGUGUGUGUCUGUGUGAAUGUGUGUAAAUGUUGGGCUUUUAACAGUGAAUACGCUAAGUGGACCCUUUUCCCAGCUGGCAAGGAGGAGAUAAAGACGCUAAGAUUGGAUGGUGGGGGUAGCAUCCCAUGGGGGUGCAUCGUUUCGGACAUGUCUUAAUUCUUCCCCCCAACUUUCCCGUCUUUCUGGCGCACCUCCUCGAGCACGCGGGGGGAGAGAGGAGCCGUCUCGCGUGGACCUCGGCUCGGUUGGCUCUAAUCCAGCCGUGUGUUAGUUUGUAAGACAGUGCAGCAUGUGAUAUCUCGUCUUUAUCGGUGAUUCUUAUCGGUGCAGAGUAGUAAGGAAGGAAGGAAGGAUGGCAGAAAGGAAGGAAGCAGGAUUUUGCCGUCUCCAAGAGGUGUGUUUACGGGACCAGAUGAGAGAGCUGGUUUUACUAAGCCUACCGUGCGAAUAAAGCUAUUUAUUAAUUUAGUCAUUAAGGGCCAUUGAAGGAAGGUAGGAUUUUUCGCAAUAAAAGACGCAUAAGCCGCA